AGGCCACGUGACCCUUUUGGCGCGUAUAUUUCUCUCCCCUGGAUUCCUGCCAUUCUACUCGGGAGGCGCGCGCUUGGCGGGAAAAGCCGGCGCUUGUUUUUCUGUUUUGUUUUCCUCAUUUAGCCUUAGCCUUUUUCCUCGGCCAUGUCCUCGCCGGCAUCGACCCCCAGCCGCCGCCGCGGCAGCAAGCGACAGAGAUCCGACCCGACCGACAAUGGCGCGGCCAACCCACUUUCUGAUGAUGUACAAUCCCCUGCAUCUCAGCGACGUCGCCCAGAUGAUUCCACAUCCACAGGAGAGUUGCAGCCAAUGCCGACUUCUCCUCCAAUUAACACACAAAGUCCAAAUGUUCAAGAUACUUUGUUUUCCAGUCCUCCACAAUUCCAGCAUUCAGUUCCACUGGACUUUGAUAUUAGUUCACCACUGACUUAUGGCACACCCAGCUCUAGAGUGGAGGGAACCCCAAGGAGUGGUGCACGUGGGACUCCAAUUCGACAGAGGGCUGAUCUUGGCUCUGUACGCAAAACCAGGCAGGUGGAUCUUCAUUCUGAUGUGCCUACAGGAGAGGAUGCAAUGGCAAGUGAGCAGUCUAUUGGACAGAAGCUUGUGAUUUGGGGCACAGAUGUCAAUGUGGCUUCGUGCAAAGAAAAGUUCCAGAGGUUUCUUCAGCGUUUUAUUGAUCCAACGGCGCCAGAAGAAGAAAAUAUUGGACUAGACCUUAAUGAGCCCCUGUAUAUGCAGAGGCUAGAAGAGAUAAACUUAAUUGGAGAGCCAUUUCUUAAUGUGAACUGUGACCAUCUGAAAUCAUUUGAUGAAAAUCUUUACAGACAGCUGAUGUGCUAUCCACAGGAAGUUAUUCCAACGUUUGAUAUGGCUGUUAAUGAAAUCUUCUUUGACCGUUACCCUGACUCCGUACUGGAACAUCAAAUUCAAGUUAGGCCAUUCAAUGCAUUAAGGACCAGAAACAUGAGGAGCCUAAAUCCAGAAGAUAUUGACCAGCUUAUCACUAUAAAUGGUAUGGUGAUCAGAAGCUCGCAGUUAAUUCCAGAAAUGCAAGAAGCUUUUUUCAAAUGCCAGGUCUGUGGUUUUACAACAAGAGUAGAAAUUGAUCGUGGCAGAAUUGCUGAACCAUCGGCGUGCAAGAAUUGUAACACCACACAUAGUAUGGCUUUGAUUCAUAAUCGUUCCCUAUUCUCAGAUAAACAGAUGAUCAAACUGCAGGAGUCUCCAGAUGAUAUGCCAGCUGGCCAGACACCGUACACAAUUGUCCUUUUUGCUCACAAUGAUCUAGUGGAUAAGGUGCAGCCUGGUGACAGAAUAAAUGUUACAGGUAUAUACAGAGCAGUUCCUGUUCGUGUCAUUCCAAGAAUGAGCAGUGUAAGAGCUGUCUAUAAGACUCACAUUGAUGUUAUUCAUUACUGCAAAACUGACUCAAAGCGUUUGCAUGGCAUCGAAGAAGGAACAGAGCAGAAAAUAUUUACAGAACAGCGUGAAAAAAUGCUUCAGGAGCUUUCUAGAAAGCCUGAUAUUUAUGAUAGGCUUUCUUCAGCACUUGCUCCAAGUAUUUAUGAGCAUGAAGAUAUUAAAAAGGGCAUUCUUCUCCAGCUGUUCGGAGGCUCAAGGAAAGAUUUCAGCCACACUGGUAGAGGUAACUUUCGUGCUGAGAUCAACAUUUUGCUUUGUGGAGAUCCUGGCACCAGUAAAUCACAGUUGCUUCAGUAUGUCUAUAACCUGGUUCCAAGAGGCCAAUAUACAUCUGGAAAAGGUUCUAGUGCUGUUGGUCUCACAGCCUACGUGAUGAAGGAUCCUGAAACAAGGCAGUUAGUACUGCAGACUGGAGCCUUGGUCCUCAGUGACAAUGGGAUUUGCUGUAUUGAUGAGUUUGAUAAAAUGAGUGAAAGCACAAGAUCAGUUCUUCAUGAAGUCAUGGAGCAACAAACACUGUCUAUUGCUAAGGCUGGAAUAAUUUGCCAAUUGAAUGCUCGUACCUCCAUUCUAGCAGCUGCCAAUCCGAUAGAAUCCCAGUGGAAUCCAAAGAAAACAACAAUUGAAAAUAUUCAGCUUCCCCACACCUUGCUAUCUAGAUUUGAUCUAAUUUUCCUUAUGCUGGAUCCUCGAGAUGAAGCAUAUGACAGACGUUUGGCUCACCACUUGGUUGCAUUAUAUUAUCAAACUGAAGAACAGUUGGAAGAGGAGUACAUGGAUAUGACAGUUUUAAGAGAUUAUAUUGCUUAUGCUCGUACCUAUGUCAAUCCACGACUAAGUGAAGAAGCAAGUCAAGCUCUUAUUGAGGCAUAUGUUGAUAUGCGAAAGAUUGGAAGUGGUAGAGGAAUGGUUUCUGCCUAUCCUCGGCAGCUGGAAUCAUUGAUUCGUCUUGCAGAAGCUCAUGCUAAAGUCCGUUUCUCUGCCAAGGUGGAAACAAUAGAUGUAGAGGAAGCAAAACGUCUUCAUCGUGAGGCUCUAAAACAGUCUGCAACUGAUCCAAGAACUGGGAUUGUGGAUAUAUCUAUCCUGACUACAGGAAUGAGUGCCACUGCUCGAAAACGUAAGGAAGAGCUGGCUCAAGCUUUGAAGAAGCUUAUUCAGUCGAAGGGUAAAACACCAGCUCUAAGAUAUCAACAGCUCUUUGAUGAUCUUCGUGCACAAUCUGAAACUGCUGUCACUAAAGAAAUGUUUGAAGAAGCACUUCAUGCACUGGCUGAUGACGACUUCUUGACUGUCACAGGGAAGACUGUUAGACUGCUCUAAAUUCUUAGCUUUAUAAUCCUGGAGUUGUAAAAUUAUACUUUAUGUGAUGACCCAAUACAUUUUUAGGUCCAGCAUCCAUGGAUUUGAUUAUUUGUAAGUUUGUUAUCACCCCACCAAAGCCUCUGCCCUACAACGUCCAAGACAGCUACAUGCAUAUUCACACAAGAGCCUCGGGCUUCAGGAGCACCAGUAAUUGCCACCAAAUACCUCUGAAGCCAACUGCUCUGUGGGUUUUGGGAGGUACUUGGCCAGGAUGAUAAGCACAGAGGCUACAAUGGAUAUGUGGAGACUGGGCCUUCCUAUUUUGCUAGCCACAGCCACUGCCUUGGUCCCCAGUAACCUCAUCAUUCCUGCCUCUUUCUCUGCCUCUUUUGCUCCUCGUCUGUCUCCCCUGCAACGAAGCCACACAAAGCAACAGGAGACAUGGAAUCCAGGAGGGUUUCUGGGGUGAUGGGUUUGGGGGGGGGGGCAUGUUGGGUUCACAGAAAGCAGGGCCUCUUUCUUCUCUCUGCUGCUAUCCGCUCUGGUACCCAGAGGACUGGCUCACUCACUCCCUUUCUCUGUGGCUUUUCUUUUCAAUAAUUAUGUUUGCAAAUAGCUUUCAGUAUUUGGUAAUUUAUUACUGUCUUGUCUCAAUGGAGUGUAGAUUGGAGAAUUUUGGAGUCGGGAGUGUCAGAUAUUUUAUGAGAUCACUUGCAUAAUGGGAUUUUCCAUUUUCCUUUCCUUCUCCUACCCUCUUCUCCUAACCAGUUUGUUUUUUCCAAUCCUCCUGAUCAGAUUUUGGGAGGUGUGGGAGGCUGCAAGAGAAAGCAGGGAGAAGGCAGGGCAGCAGUGAUUGCUCUAGACAAGUGUCUCCCAGAGCCCACAAGACAGUCAGUUUAGGAGGAUAAUCCAGCCUCCUCUCCAUGAGGGAUAUGUGAUGGAGCAGGAGGUGUGUGAGAGAGACUAGUUCUGUGCAUUUUGAACCACCUAGAACUCCCUUGCUUGUCAGCCAUUGUCCUUUAAACACAGCUAACAAAACAGAAAGGCAGUUUCCUUCACUCCUUCCAGUGGCAGAAGCCAAUGGCUGGCAGGCAUACAAAAGCAGUGUGGGUUAGAGAACAGGAAGGCAGACAAAGAAGUACAAAGAGGAGGCCCUUCUCCCUGCUGCAUCUGAUGCCUCUGUAUGCAUCCCGAUUGCAGGGAAGAGUGACAGCUGUCAGAGGAAUGAGGGAAGAGGUCUGCUAAUUGCAUCAUCUUUAUUCUCCCCAUCUAGUACCUCAGCCUUGCUCCUGGAAUCCUCUCCCAAGCAUCUCUGUUUCAAGGGGCAGAGGCGCAGGGAGCACAAGCAGACUCUUGAGGGUCAAGGUGGGGGAAGAGGCUCCAGUCCACACAUAUCCAUUACCUCCGCUGCCCUACCAAAUUCCCUUUUCUCACUGCGUCUGUCCUUUCAUAUACAGUCCAGUUAUGGGAGAGAGCAAGCCACCUGGGGACCACUGUGUUAGCAGUGACACAUUGUCUCUCUUCUCUGGCAGUUAGAUAACUCUGAAGAUAUUCAUAGAUUUUCCAUUUCAGCCAGAGUCUUCCACCUCUAACCCCCACAAAUGUAGAGGGCUAAACUGUAAUUUGAAGAUAUUUGUUAAGUUGGAUCAAAACCUAUGUUGAAUUCUACUUUUACUCGUUUUUUUGGCACAGAGAAUUAAAAUUAUGCACACCUUCUUAGCAGGUUAUAUAGUAUAAGUUCUAUACAUAUAUACUUAAUUUCAUUAACAAUUUAAUAUGAACAUAAUUGAAAUGAUUGUUUGCUAUAUUGUAGUGCUCUUUUUAAGCCUAAGAAAAUUAUUCAUUAUUCAAUAAAGUACAGUUGCUAA